CAGCUGUGAGCAAAUAUUCCCUCUCAAGCAAACAGAGGCAAAUAAAGUUAUUUUGUCAUGGAUCAUUCAAAAAAGCGUAGCAAGAUCAGCGACAUUGUUCGGCUUCAGCAAAUCCUCACGAAAUGGAAAAGGGCAGCAAAUGCACCAAAGAACAACCACAACCACGACACUAGCAUCAGCAGCAAUGCCAGCAAGAGCAUCAAGUUCAUAAAGAGAACACUCUCCUUCACAGAUUCUUCAUCAUCAGCAGCAGCUGCUGCAUCAAACGAUGUUGUCCCCAAAGGGUACCUUGCUAUUUGCGUUGGCAAGGAGAUGAAGAGGUAUAUCAUCCCCACGGAGUACUUGGGUCACCAAGCUUUUGGAAUACUGUUGCGAGAGGCCGAAGAGGAGUUUGGGUUUCAACAAGAGGGAGUCUUGAAGAUACCACGUGAAGUUCCUGUCUUUGAGAAGAUCUUAAAGGUGGUUUAAGAGAAGAAAGAUGUUUACCUUAAUUAAUUUUGCAUGAGUUAGGGUUUGCUAAGGCAGAGUCGACGACCAAGGAGAUGAUUGGUUGUUACUCACCAGAUCGUGAGCUAACAC